AUGAAGGGCGAGAAACGCAGAAAUUAUGACUCUUCACGCUUCAAGGAGGCUUAUAUGAAAGUUAUAAAGGAUAAUUGGUCCGUGUACAAGGCGUCGAAGGAAUAUGGCAUACCGUGGUCUACUUUGAGAAGACACAUAGCUACUCAUGGAGGUGAAAGUUUCGACUUACCUAAACUUGGGAGACCAUUCACAUUAGACAGCGACCUUGAAUGUAAGUUUGUUUCCUACAUAAUUAAAAUGCAAGAACUAGGAUUUGGUCUCAGCGUCACAGACAUCAAAGCUAAAUGUUACGCUUUAGCAGUCCAAGCAGGAAAAGAUCACCAGUUUAACGAUGCUAAACGUAAAGCUGGGGCUUAUUGGUGGUGGUCGUUUAAAGAACGGUACGGGCUUUCAUUGCGCACGCCAGAAAAGCUUGCAGCAUGCCGAGCUGUUACUGCUAACAGACAAAACAUUGACGAUUUUUAUAAAAAGCUACUGGACGUCGUUAUUGAGCUGGAUAUUCUGCAAAAGCCUGAAAGGAUUUAUAACUGCGACGAAACCGGUGUAACGUUCGUCGUAAAACCGUCAAAAAUUGUCACUCAAACUGGAAAGAAGGUAAUUUACAGUAGAACUUUUGCAGAGAAAGGUGUCACACAAACGGUGCUUGGGUGCUGUAGUGCGAGCGGAGCGUCUGUACCCCCCCUUGAUCAUUUUUAA